AUGCUGUUUGGGGAGAGAGGUGCGGUGGGUUUUAUGCCCGCGAAUCAUGAAGGGACGGAGAUUGGGUUCUUUUCUGGGUUUGAGGUGCGGGAGAGGGAGAGAGGGGGGUGGGAGGUGUUUGAGGGGGAUAAGAAGGGGUUGAAGGGGAUGUUGGGGGAGCGGUUUUUGGAUGGAGGGGAGUGGAAUGGUUUGGUGAGGGAGUUGUGUGGGAAGUGUAGGGAGGACUUGGUGGCUUGGCCGUGAGUGGGAUGUUUUUUUUCUUGGUUAUCGAUGGGGAUAGGAGAUAACCUUUUGUAGACAAUUUGCGAUUCCGAGGUUGGAUAGCUGGUUGUCGCCUCAGAAACGAGUUAUCGUCAUUGGAGAUGCGGCGCAUGCUAUGCCACCAUCUGUAAGUUCAUCAUUCAGAACUCCCAAUUGCAAACAAGUACUUACCAAGUACCAAAAGGGGGGCCAAGGAGCAGCAACCGCGCUAGAAGACGCCGAAACACUCGCUUAUGCAUUUACAUUCAUCUUUAGCAAGAAGCGGCCUGGAGAUCCGGAGCCAGAUGAGAUUCUGCGUUCAUGGCAGAAUCAUCGGAUCGAGCGUGUGAAGAAAAUCACGGAUUUUACAAACGAAAGUAGUGCGUUGAGGAAACCUAGUAGUAGUCGUCUUCAGCGUGUGAUUAAGGAGUUAGUGAUCAGGAUGUUUUUUAUGGUGGGGAAGAUGGGGAGGGGGAAGAGGUGGUUGUAUGGUUAUGAUGCGGUGGAGGAAUCUUUUGAUCAAGGGAAGAAAUAG